CGAGCGGAACGAUAAAGCCACCGGGAAAACGACGGGUCGCGUGGACCUUGGCAAAGUUUGGCGUUCGAACUUUCCCCGAGCGCCCCUGCGUGCGUUCCACCGGCUCCAGGGGUCGGCGCUACAGUGGCCGCCCACCGCACAGGCACACUAUAAAUGCCAAAUGCGCUCCGAGGAAUCUCCACUCGACGCUUCCUUCCGAACACUAUGAGGAACACUCUCGACGUGUUGUGCGUCACCGUACUGUGCUUCGCGGUCCAACUGGGCUGCUGCGGAGACGUUGGACCAGGCGGCCUGGGCCCCGGGGACUUGGGAGGACUAGGCGGUUUCGGCGGCCUCGGCGGAGCGGAUGGACCGGGCCUAGGCGGUGGCUUUGGCGACGGCUUCGGCGCGGGUCCCCUGGGUCUGGCAGCACCGGGAGCCGCGCUCGCUGUGCCUCUGGCCACUACGGUGUCCUUCGUGCGGCAGCCGUUCAUCCGUGUCGGCUACGUGACCCGGCCCGUGGUCACUUACGUCCACCAACCGGUGGCAACCGUCAGCCACACCAUCAGGCCCGUCGUCAGCCUGGGACAGGCGCUGGUUGGCUCCAACGUGCCCUUAGCCGGAGCGGGACCCGUGUCUGGAGGCCUUAAAGGCGCGCACUACGGAUGGAAGAAGUGAACUGCCCGCACUCUGACGUUGAUUUUUCGUGCAGGAGCACUAAUGUGAUUGCUGGGCUGCCUCACCAACUAAUUUCCAUGGUAUUACGAAGCUCUCACCAAACUAAAAAGCACCGGCCCCGUUCGCGAGGGAAUGCAACCUGACGCGGCGCGACCGUUAUAUGGACACCAUGUUUUCGCUUAGCUCUACGAAUACUAGUGGUGUAAGAUACGAGAAGUAAUCGAGUCAUUUCUUAAGAUAAGCCUCUUAGCCUGCUCGCGGGUACGCCUUUGAUGAGUCCGAAAACUUGUGGAAUCAUUUGCACCUUGGUCCAUUCUUUUAUGUUACGUAACGCAAAAAAAAUAAUAAUAAUAACUGCUCACUCAAGCUGCCUUGGUUUUGCGAUAGUGCGGUUUUACUGAGUGCGCUUUUCGGACUCAGUCUCUCAAGCUAAGGAAAACACGAGUGGAUCGAAAGGCUUGGAUUCUCGGCGAGUUUUGUGUUAUGUCCUGCUUUAGCUUGGAGAUAAUGUGAAGGAAAGAAUGCAGAAAAAAAAGGACGUUAUCCCUGUGGGCGACACCCACAGCCACGGAUUAUGUGGCACGCUCAAAUCCAAAGGGAAGGAGCUCCCACCAUUCGCUCUAGGCUCAAUUUUUGCCACAGUGAAAGAAAGAACAAGCUGUUCCUUUAUUUCUAGGAUAGCCUUUACAAACUGCAUUACACCAUGAGCGACAAAGGUCAACAACAGCCCUGUUAGAUGGCGCAACAGUCGUAGUUCAAGAAAUAGAGGUGAAGAAGGGGCCCAGGCAUGUCUUGACGUGAAAGAAAAAUGGGAGCGGGGAUCUCUUACUUCUGCAUCACAGGUGAAAAUGUGAUGCUCCCUUGAGAGUCAUGGCCGACAGCGGUUCUCACCAUCAAUGUUCCCGGAAAUGAAAAACGCGGACCUUAAUGAUUACGUCUUUAGUUAGAUUACGUAAGGCAGCCCCGCUAUUCGUGCCCCUUUCAUUUUUAUCAGGGCAUGUGAAAUAUUAGUCAGAUCACUUCGUCGCAUUCCCUCCGACAUUUCGGAAAGAUCUGUGCGGCCUUACAAAGUCUGUGUGACUUAUAAGAAUGUACUUACCCCUAAGAGCGAAUGUGCAGGAAGUGAAGGUACAUGCCACUCUUUUCUAGUCGUGCUCAGACCACAAGAAUAUGCUGCGAUGUUAUCACCUGUCCUUCCAGUCCCGGAACGAAAGUGUUGUCAAUUAUUUGAUCACUGCAUGUGCGACUAGUAUAGGAGUACUGCUCCGUCUACUAAACAUAUAUUAUAUACAUUCAACAUUGUGAGU